UUUCCGGCUAUGGAUAAAUUAGAAAAAGGCCCUAAAGAAAUAUUUUCACCAGAAAUUCAAAAGGAUUUGUUGCUUUUGGAAGAGCAAGAAGGAUCGGUUAAUUUCAAAUUCGGCGUACUGUACACAAAACCCAGCCAACUAACCGACGACGAGAUGUUAAGUAAUGAAAACGGCAGCGAGGAAUUCAAUCAAUUCGUAUCGUUGUUGGGCAAUCGGGUACGACUGAAAGGAUGGGACAAAUACCGUGGAGGAUUGGACGUAAAAGGUGACAUGACGGGCGAAUAUUCGGCGUACACGAUAUACGAAGGCCACGAAAUCAUGUUUCACGUGUCCACAAUGUUGCCGUAUUCCAAGGACAACCGACAGCAGGUGGAACGCAAACGUCACAUUGGAAACGACAUCGUCAACAUAGUGUACGUGGACGGGGGUGCGACGCAAAUGUCUCAGUUCAACCCCGCGUUCAUCAAGUCACAGUUUACACGUAUCCUUUAA